AUGGGUUGCUGUUUCUCGACUCCCGCCGGCCCCAAUGCGCCGUAUCCUGGCGGAGCGCCUUCUGGUUCCUCGCGCGCGAUCAACUCACCCCGACUGCAAGCCUCGGCCACCGAAGAGAGCGGCACCCGGUCUCCGGCCGUGGUCCAGUCCGACCCGACUGCCUCCCUCGCCUCGCCCACCAGCGCAUCGAGUCGCCGAUCGCGCUCCCAGCAGCCCCUAGAUCAGCACAUCGAUAAGCCACUACGACGUCAUGUGUGGUGCAGCAGCGACAGAACAUGGACCCGGGCGCAGCUUGACAAGGAGAGGACCGAGUUCUUCGACACGCGGGUCACGGGAAGAGCAGAGGUGUGGCAGACCGUCCAUGCCGCGCUCGAGGUCAUGUGGCAAUCCGACGCCGAGCCCGGUGCGACAACCGAGGGAGACCCGGAGGGCGACACUGCGCUGGCCACGGCGCAGAGUAUCCUGAGAGCUGCCGAGAUCACCCUACCCACCGGCGACCUGGCCAAGGGCGUAUACGAUUCCCUCGGUCACUACUACCCCCUGCCCGAGUGGAUAGUAACGGAUCCGGUCAACAUUUCAGAGACAGAUGAACAGGAUCGUGCCGAAGACCAGAAGGGCGGCCACGUCGACGAUGACGACGGGGCCGGGGAAGAAAGCGACGAGGUCCUGCGCAAGCGUGAAGAGAAAGGCAAAGCCGUUGAGUCUCAAAAUACAGUCAAGAUACGUGCACGACUCAGCGAAACGGCGCGUGAUAUCAUUGUCAAAAUCGAUCCAGACGACAGCGUUCGUUCGGUUGCCCAGAAAAUACUAUACCAAUCGCGUCUGGACGCUCAGAGCCGAAAGAUCAAACUCGUCUACCUGGGCAAGAUUCUCAAGGAAAAUGCAUCUCUCGAAUCACAGGGCUUUAACACGACCCAUGUAGUCAACGCGUUCGUCUUCAGCCGCUAG